CAAUUUACGACAGCCAUUCGCCUCUUCUUCCGCAUCCGACCAGACAUCAUUUAUCCGUCUGCUAAUUUUGUGAUACCUUUCUUAACAACUACCUACGUCAACACGGGUUACCCGGCACCCCUUGAUUUAAACCUUUGAGGCGCAUUGAAUAAUUCGCCCGUUUGUAUCGUCGCCGAUUACGUUAGACCUAUUCUCGCGUACUUUGUUUUCCAUUUAUUUAUCCCCUGCCGUAUCCAAAAACCCGAAAUCUAUUUAUUCUAGAUGUUGCGGUAGCUUAUAAGGCAUUCCUCGAUUUGCUACCAUGAAUGAAGGGUCGUACAAUAAUGUCGUCCGGAACAACAGCCUGUUCUCCCCAAUGACGCCUUCUACCCCUAAUACCUAUAAGGCAAAUGUAAACCGAACCAAGACAAGAAAAUGGGUAGAAGCUAAGGUUCAAAGCUACGACGGUGAUGAUUGGGGUAAUGAAUACGAGGACGAAUAUGGCGAUCCCGAACCGGAACCCGAGCCUGCACCUAGGGUCGCUGCGUUACGACAACAAGCGAACACCCAGCAACCGAGAACAUUCUCUCAUUCUUCGGUCGGCAUGGUUAGCUCAUCGAACAGACUGGGUCCUUUCGGGACAAGAGACUCCAAUGGCCCGCCAUCUUUGCAUAUUGAAACAGGAUCGAACUCAGGACCUCGAGCAGUCGACACUACCACGUCUGCCGAUCAAGGAUCAACAUCGUCUCGCUUCCCCCCUCGUGAUACGAGUAGAACACGUGAGGAAAGUCGCAUUAAUGACAGGAAUACCCCUGAACCAGAUUCUCGACUGUGGACGCAAAGAAUAUCAUCAUCCCCCACAAAGCCUUCGGACCUAGUUCGAUCUUCAGACCAUUACAACCGACCGGGUGAAGAGAGGGAGAAAGAUGGUAGGACUAUAGAGUCGGGUGGACUUACCGUAGAAGGCAGCUAUGGUCGGAAUAAUAUGCUUGAGCCACAGGGAGAGCCUACGAACCAGGGGCGACUUUCCACCAGUCCCAAGUUGCCCGACCUGGCACGCAUGUCUGGGUUUGGCGAUGAUUUCUUCUCGACUGCUGGAAACUAUAAUUCUCAAGCACGUCCAGGUUUACCGACAAUUCCGGAUACUCAACAGACGGAUGGAGCUGGGAAUGCGUCUAACGAAUUAACUAGAUUGAAUAACGAACGGCGUGGCACUUUUGGAAUCUCUGAAGAAAACAAUCCCUCAAGUACUUUGGCGGGCCCAAAGCUCCAACCGAACCCCCAAAUCAUUAUGCCGCCGCUCGCCGCUGAUUCUGAACCGAAUAAGAGUAACAUCGUCAAUACAACUAACCAAUCUGCAACAUCUAGACCUCAACUCCCCGGCACUUGGGUGUCCGAAACUACCAGUGUCGGUUCAGGCUUUCCAACGCCCACAGAAAAGGUCGAGGGGUCCGGCCUGGCCUCCUUGGGUGGCGCCGCGAAUACUAACGCGUCUCCAAUAAGCAUGAGACACGCGGAGCUCUCUGAUCUCGAACCAACCACUGCUGUCCGACAGCUGCCGUCAAAAUACGCUGACUUAGAUGCAGCGGCUGAAAUUAGAGCUAUGCGUACGUCUAAGGAGGACUUCAAUAAUUCUGUUGGGAAGCAUGACGAAAAAAUAGCAUCGAAAGUAAUCGCUGCUGGACCUGGUUAUCACCCGACGCCUUCGUCUCUUCCACCUUUAAAAACGGGUAAUCACCUCUCUUCAUUGUCUAAUACUGCUUCACUGGAGAAGCAAGAGUCUCCCGAAGUAACUGGUAUGGGAUUAUCGGUCUUACAAUCGAGGGAUUCUCCCUCAUCGUCUUCGACUCGUCAGAGUGCGACGAUCGGCUCAAGUUUCGCUCCUACAGCGCCGCUAAAUCCACGUCGAUCCAUCAUCGCUCCAGCAGAGGUUGUGACACCCACGAUACAGGAAUGGAAGUCUACUCCGAGCACUAUCGAUACUACAUCUCCUGAGAAGGAAAGCGACAAGUUGAGAGAAGAGAUAAUGAAAUCUUUGAGCACAAGUCCAGCCACCAAACCUGAUGCGAAUACUGUCCUCGACGCGUCUCACGCGGCUUUUGACCCAGCGCCAGACAGGCUGACCCGGGAGAGUACUUACUUAUCUGAUGUCUACGAUGAUUACCUAGCGCCAGUGGAGGAUAAGUCUCUCCAAGAGACGGGUUUGCUUCUUAAGCAGGGUUCUGGAUCAGCCAAUUACGGGAUGGGCGAGAGUGAGACUGAACCCGGGCAGGAUCUACAGAAGGGAAAUACCUUUCCGGAUAUUCGUCCUUUGAGUCCACAUAGAAGCCCGGAGCAGGGGAAUGCAAACUGCCAAAACCGGUUCUCUUGGGAAAAUGAUGCCGGGAAGAAUGCGCUCAAUCCUGCCGUGGUGAUUCCAAGUGUGUCAGCAACUCCGAGUGAUUCAGCUAAUGAUAGCCGGAUUGGAAAUGAACCUUCUCAAGCGACGGAGCCGAAUGCGAUUGCUACUCUCCCAAGUGCUCUGAAAGCCCGGACAGAGAGCCGCGCCACUAUAUCCCAUCAAAUAUCUGAUGUUAGCAGCCGUGCUGCGGGAGAUCUAUCAAUAACCAGUUUUGAUUCACCGUCUCCUGUUUCGCAGGUGACGGAUAAUGGUCAUAGAACUCAACCUGCAGCGCCUGAAACAUCGCGUUUAUCUUUAGCAGAGGAGAAAGAACAAGCCUUGGUCCAAUCAUCAUCAAACACGUCGUCGAUCGAACAGCAUCCCGCCCUAACACAACCCGUCGAGUCUGCAGUUGAGCCGCCACCUACCCUUCAACCCGCCUUUGUAACCCAUCUAUCUCCGCAACCAAAGAUUAUGGCGUUCAGAGACAUUCUUAACAUCGUGUCAAUUGAACAGAGAAUACAAAAGUUCGAUGAAACGCGGACCCAGUUCUAUUCCAUGGAUUCUGGCUUAUCAAAUUGGAUUUUGUACAUGCAGAGCCAGCCAGAGCAUGGAACAGAUUCAGCGAUGCCAAUUGGAGGACGAACGUCUCCGGGUAUCAAAUCUGCAUCUCAACAACCAUAUCGCCAGACGUAUUCAAAUUCCCACAGCCCUGAUGCCCCAGUACAACGCGGAAGGGCUGCGAGUAACAAUUUGCAAAACAUGUUCACAGGUCCAACUAUGACUAAUUUGGGCUCCUCUGGUGCUCAGGUUGGGACAAAGAGUAAGGAAUUGUUGCAGGCCGCAGGGGCGUUUGGUAAUAAGGGGAUGAAGUCGGGCAUGAAAUUAUUUAAUAAGGGCAAAAACAAGCUUCGCGGAACAGGCGACAAGGGCCUUUUCCAAUAGUAUUGCCCCUGUCUUCUCUCUCUCUCUCUCUUCGUGUUUUAACUUUCGAUUAAGGAGGUUUUAUGAGAGCAACGAGUUUAUGUUGCAGCGCCGCAUUCUGUCUGGAUUAAAUGAUAAAAACGGAGGGCGAAGAGGGCUCUUGUGUGAGGGGCGGAGGCACUGUUUCCCUGCUAUUCAUAUCUUCCAGCUCGGGCUUUUUUUCAUCUCUACUGUACUAAUUCAUCUUGCGAGUACGUGCAUUUCUUAUUUGGGUUGGGUGAGAGAAUCUAGGCGGCGA